ARUUUGUAUUAUUAAUAAUAUGUAACAAGUAACGACUUAUUAAUUAUUGUUGUCGAAUAAUAUAAACUGUUCAGUUUGGGUCAUGUUGAAAUAAAUACGUUUGAAAAUACAAUAACAAUUAUUUUUGUCCUGUGUUAUUAACUAGUAACUACACAGUUGAAGAUUUAUCAUUUAUUUUUAAUCGUGCUAAUGUAUUAGUUUUAYUAUUGGUCGUAAUUCGAAGUAAUAUUGUACUUUCAAGUUUCAACAUUUUAAAUGGUAUAAUCCCUGGUAUGAUUGUUAUUGUCGUUUUGGUGUGAAUACCGAAAGUCUUCAGAUUUGACGUCUAAUGGUGGAUUGGAUACAUUUGAUGUUUUUGCUGUUCAAAGGCGUGUUUUGAAUUUUGAAGAACGAAUAAUCAGAUAAAYAUGGGUAAAAAAAACAAUAAUAAAAUGAAUUCACUUCAGAUAUCAAAAAAUGAAUUUGAUACAAUUAAAUCGAAAGCUGUUGUCAAAUAUUCUUCAGUUCUUCGACCACCUAAUUUUGCUCAUCUUCAAUGUAACACUGAUCUAAAUUUACCACCUUCAAAUUGGUUGAGCAGUGCAGCUGAAUCGUAUGGUUUACAACACAUGUUAUCUCAUUCAGAUGGAUUUUCUAGUUUUCAAAUGGCUCACAUGUUUCCAGACUGCAUUGGGGAAGUUGAUGUUGUGUCAGAUGCUGAAAAUAUCAAACGACUAUUAAAAAUACCCUACAGUAACAAAUCGGUAAGCAUGAUGGUUCAUAGGAUUGAAAAUACAUUGCUUCUAGAUGAAUUUGAUGUCCACAAACAUUUGAUGGUGCAAACUGAGGAUGACUGGGAAUGGCUGAGAAAAUUUUUCUAUGGCCAUAUUUUAGAAUCAUUUGAUAGAAAAGAAAAAUGUAUAACUCACAAAGUAAAUACUUUUGAUGUAAUACAACAAAGAAGUUUGAUCUCGAAGUUCUUACAUUAUAGCAUUGCUGAGUCAUCAAAUUCCAAUAAUGACUACCAAUUACCGAAUAAAAUAUUUCCUAGUCCACCUUCUUUGUCAGCUCCUCCUUUACCAGAACCUACUCCAGAAGAAGAAUUCCCUGAUGAUCCUAAAACUCAUAGAUUAUUCAACCAAAACGUUUUAUGGAAUUUUGAAGAUCUGCGAAUGUUACUGGGUACAGAUUUGCCAAUUUUUGGAGGUGGCACUUAUCCUUGUAUAAGUCUGAGACUAAGAGACAUGUCCAAACCCAUAAGUGUGUUAACUGGGAUUGAUUAUUGGUUAGAUAAUUUGAUGUGCAAUGUUCCUGAAGUUGUAAUGUGUUAUCAUUUAAAUGGUAUUGUUCAAAAGUAUGAGUUAGUAAAAACUGAAGACUUGCCAUAUAUGAAUGAUUCAAAAUUUUCACCUAAGGUCAUCAGAGAUGUGGCACAAAAUAUAUUAUCAUUUUUAAAGUCAAAUGCCACUAAAGCUGGACAUACAUACUGGUUAUUCAAAGGGAAAAAUGAUGAUGUAGUGAAACUUUAUGAUUUGACAUCAUUAUGUUCUGAAUCAUUAGUAGAAGGACGUUGUGAAGGCCAAAAUCCAUUCACUGUUCCUGUUGCUAUGUUGUUAUAUCGUGUUGCUCGUAAUUUAAAACACAACCCAGAUGUUGGAAUACCAUCCAGUCCAAUUACUAUUCAAAUGUUGCUAAAUAAUUGUUUAAAAUUAUUGAACAAAACAAAGUACCCCCAAAUUGUUACAUCCGUUAACUACAUGUUAUCUGACCUCUAUAUUCCAGUUAAUACUAAUCCCACAUCGCCUAAACUAGAAGACUUAACUAAUAUUGGUGAAGAUUCUCUCACAUCUCAUGUUGAUUCUGAUGAUGAUUCAUCAUUUGGUUCUGAUGAUGAAUCUCCUACCUUUUCUGUUGGCGUACAUGAUUUAUGUUUGUCACACACAAAAAAAAAAAAAUCUUCAAAACAUAAGUUCCCUCGRUCAGAACCUGUAGUAAAGACAUUGGAAGAACGUUGUCAAAAAGCAUUAUAUCAUGUUGGUUGUGGCUUGAGUUGCUUACAGUAUUUUAAGAAUCUUAAUCCCCAUUGUACAGAUGAAGAUAAAAUGUUUGGGAAUGAACCUAAAAUGGCAGCWUCAUCUGACGCAAUUCCUAUGCCAUAUCUUGUUUCCGAGAUGGAUCAACUAAUUAAAGAAGACGAACAAGUUAUCAAUAAAGGCAUUAAAAAUAAAAAUCGCAAACGUAACAAAGCUAAUGUAAUUGUUGAAAAUGAUGAUGACACUAAAAAUGUUCCUAGCACAUUACUCUGUAAAUCUAUUGCYGAAACUAUGCCCACUUGGCAUAAUCCACCUGAUGCUAAGGACAGUGAUUCAUGGAAACAACACUUACGGGUGUUACUUUAUGAAAAAGCAUGUUUAUCUUAUGCUGCAUUAGCUGAACAUGAGUUUACAUGUAACAAGUAUGGAGUAGCGUUGAAACACUUUCGAUCUGUAUUUGCAUGUCGGCUAUGUAUUAUUACCACCAAUAACAAUGAUCUGUUCGGAUUUUUAUUAGGGCGUUGUGGUGAUUGCUGUUUGCUGAUUGCUCAAAACUGGGAUAAAGCCCAACAAUAUACAGAUGAAUUAAAAACUGAUGAAAAUUAUGAUAUAGAAAUUAGAGAAGCAUUACAAGGCGAAUGUGAUAAUUUUACACAAGAAGAUUUCAAUUUAAUACCAAAAUCGUUUGAGUCAAAAGAGGAUAUGUUGAAUGCAGCAGCUAAUUGUUAUGGACGUUCUUUAGAUUUAGAAACAAAUGAAAAAAACAAAAAUAAUCUGAACAGAAGAAUUGGUAAUGUUUACAAUGAAAUUACAUCAGGUUACAUAGAAGAAAUAGCAACUGCUUUACGAGAUAAAAUUGAACUUACUCCUUCAAGAUUACAAUGGCUGCUAAAACAAUCUAAAUAUUAUUUGUCCAAGGGAAUUGAUAAAUUUGAAAGUACCGAAGAUUUAAUUAAUCUUGCAUUGUUGUAUUCGAACAUGGGUCGAUUAUAUAGACAUGUAUCUUAUUAUUCCUCACAAUACAUGGUUUCCUUAGGAGAAUUUUUAAAAGAUGAGGAUUUUACUAACAAAGCUGUAGAAAGCUACAUGAAAGGCUUGGCAGUGCUGGGUUGUCGUCGUUUUAACCCAAAACUAUGGGACAUGGUUUGUUGGGACUUAUCAACAACUAUUUACAAUUUGGCUAUACAAUCUCAAGAUGAUCCAUCUGUAUUCAGUGAUAGGGUUGAAGCUGAGAAAGAAGUUAUCAGUUUACUCUUGAAAGCUUUAAAAUAUUGUGAUUUGGAAAACGAUACGUCAAGAAAAUUGUUGUAUGAAUUUCGGGCAGCAUACAUUCACGACCGACUGGCUUCUUUGUAUCACCAUCGUUUAAGAUGUUUGGAAGUGGAUGUUCCAAAGUUUAAAAGUACCYUUCAUCAAUGUACAUCUCAUUAUAAUCGUGCAUAUGAAAUGUUUUAUAAAAUGGAUCGUCCAUUGGAGUGUCUUGAAAUACUCAUAAAAACCAUUGCUUUAGAUGAGCUUCAAAUGGACAGUGCAACAAAUUCUCAAUCCAAAGUUAAAUUUAUUAUGUCCAUCACACAAACUUUAGAAAAAUGUAUUUCGAUACUAAAAAUGUUAGCAGACAAURGUAUCGAUGAAUGCACAGAAAAAUAUUCAGAUGAUCAUAAUGAUAGUCUUGACAAAACGGAUCGGAAUGUUGACGAUGACCAAGAUAGUGAAAUUAAAAAAAAAAAGUUGUUAAAACUUUUAGAAGAGAGAUUACAACAUAUAUUAAAAUCCAUGAUCAAGCUGGCUAUGGCAAAAACGUCAAAGUUAACAAGUAAAACAAAUGAAUUAAAAACAAUCUACGGUGAAUUGCUGCGAAAAAGUGCCGACGCUGAUGAUUAUUCACAUUUACUCAGAGUUGUUACACAAAUAUCAGAAUUAAACUUUUAAUUUAAUGAUUAGGCGAGGUGGUAAAAAAAAUUCAUAUUACUUGUAGUAUUAAUGUUAAUUGCUGUUUGUUGUUUAUUUUUUAUAGUCAACACUACUUUAAAUGUUGGAAACUAGUAACUAGGUAUUUUUUUUAUAAUUCUACUUCUGAUUUAAGAUUUAUUUUUUGUAACAUGGUAAUACAGACAAAAAUCAUGAUAGACUUAAGUUAUCAGAAAUAAAUGGUAAUAAUAUUGUACAAUAUGAACAUUAUGUAAAGUAAUUCAAACCAAUUUUUGCGAGUGUAUCAACACAUGUUUAUUUACGUCAAUGAGUUUUAAAUUAAAGAAUACACCAAAUUUUUUCUUAUCUUCACUUUUAAGUUUCACUUCUUUUGUAUAUCCAUGACCAUGAAAUGUGUGCGAUUAACAUUGUUCAAAAAAUAAAAAAAUUGUACAAUAGUAAGUCCAAUUGUAUUAUAUUGUUGAUUAGCCAAUAAUUCGUAAUGA